AUGGCAUCAAAGAAGGAGAAGAAGCUGACUGAGGAUAAGCUAGUCCUGAAACGGAUAUUGGCACUUCGAGAUGUGGUGGAAAGGUUCGUGGCGGAAUACAACCACGAGCGGGAUUCUGGAGAAGUUUCUGUCCGCCUUGACACGUUGGAUAGGACGAAUAAGGAGUUUCAUCAUGUACAGUCGGAGAUAGAGAAGUUGGAUGCAGCGGAAAACUUCGAGCAACACAUGGAGAUGCGGACCGAUUUCGAGAAUCGCUUCUGCAGGCUGAAGGGCUUUCUUCUCUCCAAACGGGAACGGAACCAACCUCUCCUGAACUCAACAAUGUCGUCUGCAUUUGCGCCACCUCACAAUUCGACCAGUUUCCACCAUCGACUACCAAAAAUCGAUAUGCCGAAGUUCUCUGGAGAUGAAUCGCGCUGGAUUUCAUUUCGGGACAAUUUCCUCUCCAUGAUCCAUAGCAAUGAUGACAUUCCGACGGUCAACAAGUUGCAAUAUUUGCUACAAUCACUAGAAGGAGAUGCCAGAAAACCCUUUGAGAGUGUAGAUAUCCAAGCGGACAAUUACGCAUCAACUUGGGAAGCGCUGAUGAAGAGAUACGAUAACAAGCGGUUCUUGCGGAAAGAGUUAUUCAGACGGUUGUUUGAAUUGUCGCCGAUGAAACGUGAAUCAGCUCUGGAGCUGAACACUUUGGUGGAUGAUUUCCAACGUCAUGUGAAGGCUUUGGGGAAACUUGGCGAACCCAUUGUGCAUUGGGACACUCCUCUCACAUUCAUCCUAUGCAGUAAGCUCGAUUCAUAUACGUUACGCGCCUGGGAGCAAGAGACUCGACAGAAAGACGAAGUUAAGUAUGAUGAAUUGAUUGAAUUCUUAACGCAACAAGUACGCAUGUUGAAGUCAGUAUCCAACGAUCUGCAACAUCGUUCUCGAGGAGCUAGCACUAAUGUGGUUGGUGUCACCCCGAAGAAGGUCUCUACAAUCAAGUCCAUUGUCAACACUGUUACAAACGAAGCCAAGCCGAAUGCUGCGCAAUGUCAUGCGUGCUCGGAGAAGCACCAGCUGUUUCAAUGUCAGACGUUUGCUAACCUACCUGUCAUGCAGCGUCGUGAGUUGAUAUCGCAGCGAAGUCUAUGUUGGAACUGUUUCCGCCCGAACCACCAAGCGAAGGUGUGCAAAUCAAAGUUCUCAUGCAGAUCGUGUCACGCUAAACACCACACGUUGUUGCAUGACCAAGCUGCACCUCCAAAGGUGUUACCGAAUCCUGUACCCAAGGCUACUACCGCCGGCCCGUCGAAUACACCUACGCAGCAACCAAUUCUAACCACGUCAGCGAACGUGGGGACCGUUGGAUCAUCGAGUCCACCCAAAAUGAACCUCUCCGUCCAGUCAAGCAGAAGCACGGUCCUCUUGGAAACGGUUGUGCUCAACAUCGUCGACAAGCACGGUAAAGAAAUAUCUAUUCGAGCUCUGCUCGAUUCUGCUGCGAUGUCAAACUUCAUUACCAAGAAGCUGGCAAAUGCACUUGCCACCCGUCAAGCCCCGGUCGAUGUCGCAGUAGCCGGAAUAGGAGAAUCUGUGAAGCAAAUCAAGCGGCAAAUCGCAGCAACGAUUAAAUCACGAACCACGUCCUAUUCCACCACACUCGAGUUCCUGAUCAUGAAAAAGCCCACGGCCAAUCUACCAACGAUUGCCAUCAAUUCCGCAUCGUGGAACAUACCAAAGGUUUCACUGGCCGAUCCAACCUUCAACGUUCCAGGCAUGAUCGACAUUAUCAUCGGUGGAGAGUGUUAUCAUGAGAUGCACACUGGUAACCGCCUGUCACUCGGUGACGGUUUACCUUUCCUAAUCGACACCCUUUUUGGAUGGACAGUAUCUGGAAAAACUGCCAUCAAUUCCGCUGUUUCUCCACCCGCCUGCUACUUAUCGACUGUCGAUCGAUCCCUCGAAACAACGCUUCAGAGAUUCUGGGAACUCGAAGCUGUCGAUCAUGGCCUGGCGUAUUCCACUGAAGAAAAGCAAUGUGAAGAAAUCUAUGCCAAUACUACCACCCGAACUCACUCCGGAAGGUACGUCGUACGCCUUCCUCGGUCCGAAGAUCCGCAAGUCACCCUCGGCGAAUCUCGAGCAAUUUCCACCCGUCGUUUCCACAGUCUCGAGCGACGCCUAGAGAAAGAUUCCGCCUUAAAGCAAACCUACCACGAGUUUAUCGACGAAUAUCUACGCCUUGGCCAUAUGCGGAAACUCACUAUUGUUGACGACGAUUUGCCACACUGUUACCUACCACACCACCCGGUGUUCAAGCAGAGUAGUACCACCACCAAGGUCCGUGUGGUGUUCGACGCCUCCUGCAAGACCUCUUCCGCAGUAUCACUGAACGACACGCUUCUCGUUGGUCCAGUUGUACAACAGCAUCUCGUCAACAUUACCAUUCGCUUCCGCUUCCAUGCUAUCGCCUUCGUUGCCGACGUGGAAAAGAUGUAUCGACAAGUUCUUCAUUAUCCCAUUGAUCAGCAGUUGUUGCGCAUCCUGUUUCGUCGUAAUCCGUCGGAUCCACUCGACACAUAUGAACUCCUCACAGUCACAUACGGUACAGCAUCAGCUCCAUACUUGGCAACUCGAACCCUGCUACAGUUGGCCAAAGACGAAGGAGACAAGUAUCCGGAAGCCGUUCAACCUGUCAUCGAAGAUUUUUAUGUUGAUGACCUUCUCUCCGGUGCAGACAACAUGGAUGCUGCUAUCGAAAAACGUCGCCAAAUCACGGAUAUGCUUGCAUCAGCUGGAUUCCCAUUGAGAAAGUGGGCGUCCAACGUUCCGGAAGCUUUGACUGGAAUACCACUCGAAGACUUGGCAAUCAAACCCCUCUUCGAUUUGCAAGAUGACCAAUCAGUGUCCACGCUUGGACUUGUUUGGGAUACAAGAACGGACAUGUUGAGAUUCAACGUCGAAAUGCCACUUCCUGCAGCGGUGCUUACAAAGCGUAAGAUUCUACCACAGUUCUCCAAUGGCUCAAUUCUACACCGAAUCGCUGGAAAACAUUCGUGGCUAAUCGAGUGUCAACAAUCCAGUCAAACACAGAAGGAUAUUCCUGGAAGCACGUUCCCGGAAGUGACAAUCCCGCUGAUGAAUUAUCGCGAGGAUUGA